AUGGAAGUCAAAAGAUUUAUCUUAAAAUAUUGGCAACAGGAAAUGCAAGCAACCAUUAACAGCGAACAUAGCACAAUUCCAGCCAAGCUGUUUUGGUUCGUAAGUGAUAAAGUGUUUCCUGUUAAAACUAAAAUCUACCUAAUGCUUGGUGAGGUGGCUGUUAUUGUCACGUUUCUGUUUUUGACGAUAUCUUCAAUCAUUUUCUUCAAAAAUGAGUAUGAAAUUUCGACGCUUGUUUCCACCAUUGCCGGUUUUUUCAGUGGGGCCAUUCCCAGCGUAUUUUUUAAGGGGCUAACAAAAGGCAAGAGGUUUACUGGCUGGAGGAAGAUCAAACUGAAGAAGAAAAUUGAGGCGGUAGUGACAGAGUACGUUCAAGAAACUAGCUCUGGUUGUGUAAAAAGAGAAAGCGAAGAGGGAAGUUCGCUUCAAGUUGAUAAUUAUGUAGUUGUAUAAAAUCACAGGCAGCUAAAUGUGACAGUUAUGAAAAAAGAAAGCCAUUCAGUUGCGCAAGUCGGAUAA